AUGCAUAGUUGCAAAUAUGUCGGUAUUAAAUCUGCGGUCAACAUGACGAUGAAGCUGAUCAUUGUUCGGAAACGAUCAACGGGUGUAGCAUUGUUCCUCAAAUCUUCUAUUCCGGGAAAGAUCGGCCAGGGUCUCGCCAAAGGCGAAAGUUCUAUGGACAUCUUUUUGAUCACUU